CCUCGAAGCGCCGGUCAUAGUUAUUUACUCUCUCUCAGCAUUACGACAUAAGUAAGCCAAAACAAUAACCGAUCCAGACAACUAGCCUACAAGUGUUUUUCGGCGAUAAAGCAUAUCAGCUAUAAUUUUAGCUUCUUUUCGAACAGCUGUCAGAAUAAGAGAAAACCGAAAACAAUCAGUCCCACAGCCUUUUGUACUUUGCCCCGGCUUCCUGUACAUAUCAAUUGCACAUCAGCGUGAGUUGCAGAAAAUCUGCGGCAACAUAGUCAUAGUCACUAUAUGUGCAUUCCUCCCACAAUCGAAGGUGGUGAAAUCGGAGAUAUAGUAGCCAUGUACGGCCGCUCCUUCCUGCAUUUUCUGUUCGGGUCAGUCGCCAUUGCCCUGGGCUCGUACAUCUACUUCACCAUGCAAAUCGACAUGUCUAACGGAGACUACAAGAACGCCGCCUCGAUCUACGAGUUCACCGUAAAGGACACUCAUGGAAACGACGUGUCCCUUGACAAAUACAAGGGCCAGGUGGUUCUGGUGGUUAACAUCGCCUCCAAGUGCGGCCUGACCAAGAACAACUACCAGAAGCUGACCGACCUGAAGGAGAAGUACGGUGACAAGGGCUUGGUUAUCCUUAACUUCCCCUGCAACCAGUUUGGAUCCCAGAUGCCGGAGGCUGAUGGCGAGGCCAUGGUCUGUCACUUGCGCGACUCCAAGGCCGAUAUUGGAGAGGUGUUCGCAAAGGUGGACGUGAAUGGCGAUAAUGCCGCCCCACUCUACAAGUAUCUGAAGGCCAAGCAGACAGGCACUCUGGGCAGCGGUAUCAAGUGGAACUUCACCAAGUUCCUGGUCAACAAGGAGGGCAUCCCCGUCAACCGCUAUGCCCCCACCACCGAUCCCAUGGACAUAGCCAAGGACAUCGAGAAGCUCCUGUAGAUCUUGAUAAGCUCUGUAGCUGUAGCUGUUGGCUGUUUCAUGCCUUGGACUGUGUUUAUCGCGUAGCAUUAGCUUGUAAUUGCUCGGCCACGGAUGGUAGUUGCGUGGUGGCUGGCCACAUGCACCAAAUGUCUGCAUACCUAUAUAUUGUAUUCUCUUUUACUGGUUUUUGAUUCCCACUCACAAACAUAAUAAACGCGAAUUGUGGUUACCACA